AUGUUCAAAUUCUUUAGAUUUUUGCUCAUAAUCUUUUCGAUUGCCGCGGCAAUCUUAUCUGUGUUUGCACUUAUUGGGUCCUACAAGAAUGAGCUGUAUUUGACAGACAUAUACCUUAUUGAUGUUCAUCUUAGUGGUCUUAAACUUAGCAAACUUUUUGACGUUAACAACUUCAAGAGAGAGCUCCCACCACUCGUCAAUGAAGCAUUGAUCUUAGAGGAAAGGGCUGAUGUUUCGUCAAGUGAGAUAACAACGGCUAUUAACAACAUUGUCGACAGUCUCACUUACCAAGAACUUGGACUUGCCGAUGUAUACUCCAUAUCUUUCUGGGGUUAUUGCCGUGGCACAGCUACCAAUGACAAGAUUGCCAAUCCCUUAAAGAAGGUCACCAAUAACUUUGACAAUAACAAAGUCAAUUUCACCUACUGUUCAAAACCUACACCAGGCUACAAGUUUGACCCUCUUACAGUGUUGAAGCAUGAAAUCAACGAUACUAUUAACGAUACUGUUGACGGAAAUGGUGUUGUGAGUAAUGCUAUUGGUUCUACCGUCAAACAGCAGUUGACCCAAUUGGUGGAUAAUCUUUCUUAUGAGAACCUCAAUCUUCCUGGAAACCUUAAGAAAGAUUUGACACUUUUGAAUAAUCUCACAAGGGCAGCUUUUGCACUCACCAUCGUAGGUGUUGUUCUAAGCUUCCUUUCUGUCAUUAUCCAGCUCUUGGGAUGCUUUAUGUCUCCAGACAACUGCUGUCUUUCCUUCCUCAACUUUAUCUUUGAAGCACUUACAUUCAUUAUACUAUUAGUUGGAGCAGCUCUCAGUACAGGAGCGUAUCUCUAUGUGAGAAAAGAAGUGAACAAUGCCACAUCGGACUAUGGAGUCAAGACAUACUUGUCAAUACAGUAUUAUGCCUUUGCAUGGUCUGGAGCUGUUGCUGCACUUUUGGUGGUUAUUUUCAAUUUAUUGGGCCAUUGCUGUGGAUUGUUUGGUACUAACAGAAAUCGGUACCGUACAGUGGCUCCCCCAGUUCCUGAAAAGGAACCUUCGAUGGCAUAUAGCCAUCUGACUAUGUAG